GCUCAAGUUCAGUUGACCUGCGCUUACCUUCCUUCAUGGCCUCACCUCGCGUCAUAAUACAAAUAGUAUUGACCGGCUCAAAAAUCUUGGGCAAAGCGUUCCUUGAAGCUGGAAGACAAGCUGUAAAAAAUGCUAAACACAAGCCGGCAGGUGCCAUGGCUGGCUCUGAUAUAGCUGGUGUUGCUCAUGCCAACUCUGGAUCAAUGACUGACCAGCUAACACGGCAAUAUCGGAUGGCUUUGGACGAGGCUCACCUGAUUCUUAACACCAAACGUGGAGAGGAAAUGGAGAAAAUUCUCAGUAACUAUGAACAUCUGUUCAAAGCCAACAGUUCACCAGCUCCUCCAGCUCCCUCCGCUGGAAAGGUAAAAGCUCCUCCAGCACAUUCACACUAUCUACAAUCCAAAGUUGUCCGUGCGCGAGAACGAAUAGAGGCAGAGCUUCAAAUCGUUAACGAGAACCCGACACCAGUUGGAACCCGACAGGCACCACCACCAGAUCACAACCCUCCGUCUCCCACAGGUAGUAACACUGGAAGUUCAAGUUGAUAGACAUAUACCCAAAGCUAGCUUAAUUUAAUGUAAAGUACUCGUUUUGAUAAUAUAUCAAACCCCACUCACGGUUA